AUGGUCCAUGGUGUUAAUGAGCAGUUCAUUGUCAAUCGCGUGCCGGUCAAGUUCUUCGCCUCGGUCGUCGCCGACAAGAAGUUUUCCCUACAUGCCGCCGCCAACCCCAACUUCAAGUCCUGGUUCAAGGUCCACUCGGCCACCGAGGCGCUCAAGAAGAAGGCCGCUGCUCUGGAGCCGAAGUUUCACGCCUGGGCUCGACCCAAGCCUGACUUUUUCGAGAACACCGCGGAGAGGAAGGUUAACAGGACCAGAAAGAUGAAGACCGUUCCGGUGGUCAAGAAGUCCAAGAUCCGACUCCCUCCUCUGAUACUGAUCUACCAGCUCUGCAGCUAUGCAAGGGCGGAGAAGAAGGCGCCGGAGGAGAAGGCGGCGGAGAAGAAGGCUGUGGAGAAGGCAAUGGCGGUAAGGGAGGUGGUGAGGAAGGAGGCUGCGGAGCAAAAGGCUGCAGAGAAAAGGGCUGCGGCGGAAGCGACGGCGUCCAAGGUCGCUCGGGAUCGUGCUUAUCUCGAGGAUGCGUACGCCGAACGAGCUGUGCGAGAGAACGCGGUGGAGGAAGCCAAAGUUCGUGCUUUGUUCGAGAAGAGGAAUGCAUCUUUCCAACCAGCUGUCCGAGCUACUCCCAAGCAGGAAGCACGGAAGACUUGGGAGGGCAAGACGGAUUCCGAGACGGUGGACCUAACUUCACAACAUCAGGAUAAGAUGGAAGACAUGCGUGUUGAUCACGACCGCGCACUGUGA